AUGUCCCGCCUCACCAUAGUUCCAGUACACGACCGCAUUGCAGCGUCAACCGCGCUUUCGGCAUCGCGUAAGCCAUCAUGGUAUCCCUCACCACCAUCUCACAGUUGGCGUACGAUUUUGACUCUCGAACAGGUCUACAGCUGGGAUCCUCACCGAGAUGUGCUCUACAAGCUCUACAUCGAGGACAGGAAGUCCCUCGAGGAGAUCAUGCAGUACAUGCGAGAAGUCGCCAACUUCACUCCCUCCAAGCGCGCUUUUCAGACACAAUUCAAGAGAUGGGGUUUUCCGUCGAAACGCAAGCCAUCGUUUCGCGACGAGGACUUGCUUGAUCGCGUGAGGCAGCUAUGGGAGGCAAACUACAGUCAACGCAACAUGCUUCAUACUCUUCAAGCCGAGGGUCACGAUAUCAAGGAACGCGAGUUGAUGCGACUGCGUGCUAAGAACCGCUGGCUCAUGCGCAUUCCCAACGGUGCCAAGCAGACGCCCGCCGAUGACGCCGAAGCUCGACUCGAAGGGCAGUUGAUCGAGGCUGCGAAAAGUGACGAGGGCAUCGCUCAACCAAAUCAACAACCAGUCCUCGAGGAUCCACCACCAGAUUUUGUGGAGCGCCAAAAGGAGAGACUCCAAGAACUUCAAGCCAUCAGUGACCUGCGCUGGAGAGAGAAAAAACGCCGCCGUCGCACCAAGGGAUACGCAGGUCUUCCACCCGAUCCUGCGGGCAUGCCACCGCGUUUCCCCUCCGAGACUACGCUUGAGGAAAGCAGGGAGAUCUUGGCUCUUGAUGCGAGGCAAUAUCGGGCCAUUCGCGAUCAGUUCCAGGCAAUUUGUGAGGAGGAGCAAAUCAUGCAAAAGACCGUUGCUGGAACCGAGAAAUGGCAAGCCGUCAAGGAUCGACUGGUUCGCGAGAAUAGCCUGUUGCAGGCCGUGAUGUGGCAGAACACCACCAACCUUCAAUCCAAAGAGCUCGCCCUAGACGUUAUCUGCACCGAUGUUACGAAGCGCAUCCGGACAAUGGGUCGACGGUUGACCAUCUUGGAGUCCAAGAAGGUGUUGGGCUUGAACCCGGAUCAAAGUCGACAAGUCCGUGGCGAGUUCUACGAGAUCCUCGAAUCGGAGUACUACACUAGUAAACUCGAGAUGGGACCAGCAAAGUGGAAGGAACUCAAAGAUCGCUGGGUUGCCAAUAACUCAUAUCUCCAGAGCAUCCUCGCCGCGAGCGAGGCCGAUCCCGAGCACAACAGAAAGCUAGCGGCAAUGGAGCUCUUGUGUCGGGACGUAAUGAAGCGUGUGCGAGACGAUCGAGCGAAGAAGAAGGGCACUUUCAGGAAAAAGCCCGCUCCCGUUCAACCUUCGACGACCUAUGCCGAAGACACUGCACCACAGCCCCCUGCGUCGCCUGUCGCUCCCGCACCAGCCUCUGCCAGCAGCGCGUACCGCGAUGCCCUGCCUGCGAAUCCGUUUGGUGGUGUAUCAACCGCGGCACCGCAUAAUAAUGAUUUGUCAGACCUUCAAAUCGACCCCAACCUGUUGCAGGUGGCGGAUCAUCUAGGCACCCCACAAGUGUCAAGCGUGACGCCUGUGUAUGUCCGUCCGCAUCCCAACUCGACCAUGUACACGAACACAAAACUCUCACUUGGGUCUUUGACCGGCCGCACUGUUCAGGAGCUCCAUGCAAUGCUUGCAGCCAAGUAUCCCCAUGCUAAGGCGGAACAAAUCAAGGGUAUUGACAAAGACGCUGUGGGCAACGAGAUCCCCUACCUCAUUGAGGAAGAUGAUGAGUUGGAGGGGUAUCUCGACCACGUCCAAGGACGCAAGGCUACGUUUGUCGUGCUGCUCAAGAGGGCUUGA